UAAAGACAUGAUCAUUUGUUGACUAAUGUUUCCUGAAUCCUGCUUGAACUUCAGAUAAUAUAUCAUUCGUUUCUAGAUACACUUUUAGUCUAUUAUUUAACAUCUUCAACCAAACGAUCGUUUCCUUGUACAAGCGAGUUUGAAGGCAGGUUCGUGUGGAAGGGUCAUUCCGGGGUGUGUGUGAUUUCUGCGGGGUGGAAGAUUUUUUUUUUUUUUUUUUUUUUUUGCGGGGGGGGGGGAUGACAAGUUUGAAGCCCUAGAAUCGUUGCUGGCUACCACGUAGACCACCCCCUGCAUAUUGUCCUGCAAAAUGUCCCCCCCCCCCCCCCCACACACACACGUUUGGACGGGUUCGUCAACUGGUGCGUGUUAACCGUCACACCCACCUGGAUACGGCCCUGGAAUGUGGUCAAGGUCAACCAGCGUUGAGCAGCGAAACCGACACAACACCUGACUCGAAGUGAUCUGCAUUGGUUCGUGAAACCAAGUCUUACUUUCUUUCACACUGAGUGUCACGUGGCGACGGCCGGACGGACGAUGGAUGCGUUUGGAGAUAUCAGCACGUCACACAAGAUGCUGCACAUCGCAGGGGGUGUCGUGACCGCGGCUGCCGUCGCCCUCGUCGUCAAAAAGAUUUUCUUCAAACGAGCAUCACGGGAAGCCAACCCACGUGACCUUGUGAUAUUACGUCAGAUCGGACGCGGCCUGUACGCACCAAGCAUGUCGCCUUUCCCGCUCAAAUUAGAAACUUAUCUCAGGAUGGCAAAAAUACCGUACCAGAGUGUUCACUCAUUCAAGAUGUCGUCGAAGGGGAAGACUCCGUGGAUACAGUACAACGACGACGACGUGGCUGACUCUGCGUUCUGCGUGGACUACCUCAACGACAAGUUCGGAGUGGACCUCAACGCAAAUCUCAAUUGUCAAGAGAGAGCGGUGGCCAGAGCCUUCGAGAAGAUGGUCGAGGAGGGAACCUUGUUUUGGUCUCUGGUUCUGUAUCGGUGGGUGUACCCUGUAGACAGGUCGUUGAUGCUGAAGGUGUUUGGCUUCUCCUCUUACUGGAUGUGGGUUAUGGUCAGCUACGUCCGGAACAUGGCCUGGGCCCAAGGCUCGGGCCGGCACUCCCAGCAGGAAGUGGACCACAUUCUGGAGGGGGACCUCAGAGCUGUGUCCGAUCUGUUAGGUGAUAAGAUGUUUAUAUUUGGAGACACGCCGUCUGAAGUUGACUGCUCUCUGUUUGGUUUCCUUUCUCAGUAUCGCUACAACAUGUGUGGACUAAAACCCGAACAAAUCAUUGAGACAUUUCCCAACCUCGGCAAGUACUGUGACAGAAUACAAUCUCUUUAUUGGCCUGACUGGGAUGACAAAAUCACUCACGGGGAGUAUUCUGGAAUUGGUCCCUACACGGUUAUCAAGGAGGAAAUAUUCAGACCGUAGCACCGUGGAAAGAUCUAGAUGUUUAUAGUGACCCUAGCGAGAACAGAAGAGAAGAGAACAUGGAAACUGCACGGCGGAUUACUGGCGGAUCUGGAUUAACAUUGAAUCGUUAAAACUCGCUCUUGGUGGGAGCCGGUGCCGAGCUGCGAACCGAGUACCCACCUGCCUUAAUUUCAAUAGCUUCACCACGACACCACAGAGCUGAGGCUCUCUUACUGUAUUAUAUAAAUAGUGGCCAUCA